UAUUUUUUUUUUUUUUUGCUUUUCUUCCUCCUUCAUUUUUCUUCCAAAAUUGCUGCUGGUGGGUGAAAAAAAAUGCCGCAGCUGAACGGCGGUGGAGGAGAUGACCUAGGCGCCAACGACGAACUGAUUUCCUUCAAAGACGAGGGCGAGCAGGAGGAGAAGAGCUCCGAAAACUCCUCGGCAGAGAGGGAUUUAGCUGAUGUCAAAUCGUCUCUAGUCAAUGAAUCAGAAACGAAUCAAAACAGCUCCUCCGAUUCCGAGGCGGAAAGACGGCCUCCGCCUCGCUCCGAAAGUUUCCGAGAUAAAUCCCGGGAAAGUUUGGAAGAAGGGCCGCGAGCGCCCUGGGCUGCCCGGCUCGCUGGUUGCCGGCUCUUCCCGACCACGCGGGGUUCUUGGUUUGUGUGCGGCGGGGAUGGCCUCCUCCGAGCGGACUCGAUGUUUUUCUAG